AAACCCAACCACCCCAUGCCUCCUUUUAACUCUUUCUCGCAUCUUUCAGUUUUGUGAACAUUGGAAAUGGGACUUCUUCCUUGUCCAUUGCCAUGCCACGGUACAGACCAAGAGUCUAAUAAAUCUCACUCCAAUCACCUUCUCUCAGAAUCAUCAACUUCAUCCCUUUCUUCCCAACCAAGUCUCCCCUCUGUUCCUUCUCUCUUCCCGUCAUCUCAACAACAUGAACAACCUACUCCCGCCGCUCUCCUUCUCGGUGUUUCCACCCUCAAAGGCCACUCUUACGUUUCCUCUUUAGCUGUUGCAGGAAAAAUCCUCUACAACGGCUCUUCUAAAGGCGAGAUAUGCAUAUGGAGCCGAGACUUCGAAACUAGUUCGUCGACGGAUACAGCGGUAGCUAUAAGCAACGGGGCGGUUAAAGCUCUGGUAGUCUUGGGGGAUAAACUAUUCAGUGCCCAUCAAGAUCACAAAGUCCGUGUGUGGAAGAUCGAUAACAAUACCCAAAACCAAAAAUACACAUGCAUAGCCACUCUCCCCACGCUUAAUGAUCGUUUUUCAAGGCUUUUCUCGGCCAAGAAUUACGUGGAGGUGCGGCGGCACAAGAAGUCCACGUGGGUACAUCAUGUUGAUACUGUUUCGGCACUUGCUAUAUCCAGGGACGGUUCUCUUCUCUACUCGGGUUCGUGGGAUAGGACGUUCAAGAUUUGGCGAACCUCAGACUUUAAGUGCUUGGAGUCUCUGAGGAAUGCGCAUGACGAUGCAAUCAAUGCUUUAGUAUUAUCCGGAGAUGGGUUUGUUUACACUGGUUCGGCGGAUAUGAAAAUCAAGGUAUGGAAGAAUCAAACGGGAGAUAAAAAGCAUUCACUAGUGGCUACAUUAGAGAAGCACAAGUCAGCCGUUAAUGCCUUGGCUCUACGCAGUGAUGGGUCUGUGCUCUAUUCCGGCGCGUGCGAUCGGUCAAUUCUGGUGUGGGAGAGGGAUAGGGAAGCCAUGGAUGGUGCUGGCGUUGGACAUAUGGCGCUAGUGGGCGCGCUUAGGGGCCACACGAAGGCGAUUCUGUGCUUGGCCGUGGUGUCGGAUAUGGUGUGCAGUGGCUCGGCCGACAACACUGUUAGGAUCUGGAGGGGAGGAAUUGAGAAGAGCUACUCUUGUCUGGCUGUGUUGGAAGGGCACAGACGCCCAGUUAAGUGCUUGGAUGCGGUUGUUGAUCAUGGUGAUGGGGAUAGAAGAACUUCUGAUUCUGGGAGUUCAUAUCUGGUUUACAGUGGUAGUUUGGAUUGUGAUAUUAAGGUUUGGCAAAUAUGGGUUCCGUUUCCAUGAUGGGCUGUAUUUUAUUUUAUUUAUUUUUAACCAUUUUAAUUGUACUUAAGGGUGGAAAAGAUUUUGCUUCUUUUUUACAA